AUGGCUCCCGCGGCGGUCGAGUUCACCCCCGUGGACCCUGUCAUCCCCAAGAACAACACCAAGGCCCCCUUCAAGCCCAAGCAGGACCUGCCGAUUCCCGACGGCGCACGACAGCGCCUCGAGAAGGCCGGAAUCGACCUGUCCAAUGGCUACCCGCACUGGCCGGCCACGCCCCUGUACGUACAGGACGUCUACAACCUCCGCAGCACGGAGCGCGAGCACGUAGAGCCGGGCCUGCGCGCCGACAAGGAGAAGAAGGCCCUCCUGGGCGCCGCCACCAAGGUCACGGACCUGACGGCCUACAUCGGCACCGAGAUCGAAGGCCUGCAGCUCAAGGACCUGACGCCGCAGCAGCGCGACGAGCUGGCACUGCUCGUCGCCGAGCGCAGCGUCGUCUUCCUCCGCGACCAGGACCUCAGCCCGCAGGCCCAGCUGGACCUGGGCCGCCACUUUGGCGAGAUCGAGGUGCACGCGCAGGUGCCGCACGUGCCUGGCCUGCCCGGCGUCAACACCAUGUGGCCGGAUCUGCAGGCCGCCACCAACCCGCAGCCCACCAGCUUCCGGCGGCCCGGCGGUGCGUCGCGCUGGCACACGGACCUGGUGCACGAGCUGCACCCGGCCGGCGUCACGCACCUGCACAACGACACCAUCCCGCCCGUCGGCGGCGACACCCUGUGGGCGAGCGGCUACGCCGCCUACGAGAAGCUGUCGCCGGCCUUCCGAAAGCUCAUCGACCCGCUCCAGGCCGUCUACCGGUCCGCGCACACGUACCUGGAUCGCGAGAACCCCACCUCGGGACCCAAGCACGUCGAGCGCGUGCACCCCAUCGUGCGCGUCCACCCGGCCACGGGCUGGAAGGCCCUGUGGGUGAACCGCGCCAUGACGGACCGCCUCGUCGGCUUCGACAGGGAGGAGAGCGACGCGAUCCUCAACCACCUGUACCACGUCUACGAGAGCAACGUCGACAUCCAGCUGCGCUUCAAGUGGACUCCCAGGACCUCGGCCAUCUGGGACAACCGCAUCACCAUGCACAACGCCAGCUGGGACUACGCUGGCCGCCACCCACGCCAUGGCACACGUGUUACCACCCUCGCUGAGAAGCCGUACAACGACCCCAAGGCACCGAGCCGUCGCGAGGCUCUGGGACUUCUUUUUGACGACAAGGUUGACGGACCAGCCGAAGUGGCUGCGGGGGUUGCAAGUGUCAAGAUUUAG